AUGUCAGUCCAUCAUCCUGUCGUUUGUCAUAUGAAUGGCUGCUCGGACGCGCAAAUUGCCCUGUCAACCUGGCAAUCGCCAAAAUUUUCGUCUUGGUCGAACCGAUUUGGCAACGACUCUCUUUAUCAAACUCCAAGAGCAAGUUCGAGGCAUCUUCGAAAAUGUUCAGAAGCCGGUGAUAGCUGUGGCAGUCAAAGAGUAACGAAAAAAGUUCAAUCAAUCGAGGAGAAGAUUUGUGAUAAUUUUCGUGCUGCAGCUGAUUUUGGCAAGAAAAUGAUCAAUUCUUACAUUUCCAGUGUUUCUGGAGGCUCCGACUAUGGAUCAAAAGAAAGUGAUAUUAGUAAUCAUGAAAAACUAAUGGCGAAAAAACGCGGAAACACUCAUGCAAUGAGCCGUAAACUUCGAAAGCAAAUGAUCACGGACAACGAGCGUAAUCGACACAAGGAGCGAGUAACGAAAUCAACCCUUUACUGUAACACACCAGGAUGCUCUUGUGGAGGAUUCAAGUGGGAAGAUCUUCGAAGUGCGCAAACACAACCUGCUCCAAGUUCUGCUCGAACACGGAGCACAGUAUCUGACGGCGAUUACUGUGUACAUCAAAAUCAAAGAACUCGACUUGCUUGGAAAUAUAUUUUUUUGUAG